AUGGUUAUGGAAGUGGCAUCUAAACUUCUUGAACAAGCAGUUGAUAAUGGGAAUAUUAGACUUCACCCGGGGUGCGUUGAGCCAAGGGUAACCCAUCUCUUGUUUGCAGAUGACCUCCUAGUGUUCUCAGACGGAUCAAGGCAUUCCAUCUAUGGUAUUAAGCAUGUGAUGUCCAGUUUUCGGGAUUGGUCUGGCCUAGAUAUGAAUGCUUCAAAAUCAGAAAUAUUUUUUGGUGGUUAUGAAGACAUUGAGUCCUCGGUGAUCAGUGAUAUCUCUGGUUUCAAGAUUGGUACAUUUCCUACAAGAUAUCUUGGUCUCCCGCUAAAUCCGAGCAGAAUCUCUCAAGCUACUUUGCAACCGUUUGUGGAACGUAUAACUUCAAAGCUCAACAACUAUACAGUUAAACUGCUCUCCUUCGCGGGUAAAGUUCAACUUAUUGUCUCUGUGAUUUAUGGGUUAGUGAACUUUUGGAGCUCGGUAUUUGUGCUGCCUAAGAGCUUCUACAAAAAGAUUGAUGGUCUAUGCUAUGCAUUUCUUUGGAAAAAUCGGACUGAUUCAGCGGCUGGAGCUAGAGUUUCCUGGGAUAAUAUUUGUAAACCAAAGAUGGAAGGGGGUCUUGGCAUCAGGAAGUUGGAGGACUUUGAGAUGGUUUCCAGGCUGAAGAGAAUUUGGAACUACUUCUCUUCUUCGGGCCAUUUGGGUUGCUUGGCUCCAACAAAAUGUGUUACAAAGGAAAGGGUAUUGGCAGACUAUGGAUUCUCAACGAUUCUCCCCUACAGUGCAGAGCAUGCUGCUGCUGAAACCAGUGAUUACGGAUCUUAUGCGCUGCACUGUAGAAGCCCGACUAAGCUUCGACUGCCUUUAGACUCAUUAGUGUCUCAAGCAGUAAGAAACGGGAACUGGUACCUACCUCCUGCCAGGUCUAAUGAGAUUCAACAGCUCCAGAUUGAACUCACCACAAUUAAUCCCCCCUCUGUUGCAGCAGAGCGAGAUACAUUUCUAUGGCGCAGUAACACUGGGAACUAUGAAUCUCACCGGAAUAUGUUCUUCGAAUGCGACUUUGCAGUUUCCAUUUGGUCUCGCUUCUCUGGGAGGUAUCUAAUCAACCCUCCUAGUAGUCUUGCUUUUGUUCUGAACCUGCUACACCAUCACAACUUCUCAUCAUCACCUCCAGCAUCCAUCAUUUUGAAGCUCCUACUCCAAGUGGUCACUUACAACAUUUGGCUUGAGCGCAAUCACCGGAUCUUCAGGGACUCGGCAUCUUCUGAUGCGGCUUUCUUCUCUUCGGUGGACCGAGCCAUGCGUGACAGGCUGCUCUCCCUCUCAAGACCGAUCGUGCGAUCUCCUUCGCUUUUGGAAUUGUAUUUUUGGUUUGUUGUUCCUUAUAGCUAG